UAGACCAGCCUGACCGACGCCCACUCGGUUCCCUGCCGGGUGCCUACCGGCCUCGUGUCUGACUGGUCUGCAGCCCCGAGUCCUUGCCGGCUUCUCCACUCCCCGCCCCCGGCUCCAGCCUUCUCCCUUCUGGGCCGGUCUCCGGCUUCCAUCUCCCACCCUGAGCGGGUACUCGUUCCCCGCCUGCUGUCCUCCAAGGGUCCCUGUCUGAGCCCCGGCCCCAUGGCUCUUCAGGCUUUGCAGAGCUCGGGGGUGGCCUUUCGCAAGAUCCUGUCUCACUUCCCCGAGGAGCUGAGCCUGGCUUUCGCCUACGGCUCGGGGGUGUACCGCCAGGCGGGGCCCAGCUCAGACCAGAAGAAUGCCAUGCUGGACUUCGUGUUCACUGUUGAUGACCCUGUUGCAUGGCAUUCAAAAAACCUGAAGAAAAAUUGGAACCAUUACUCUUUCCUAAAAGUUUUGGGGCCCAGGUUUAUCACCACUGUCCAGAAUAACUACGGCGCCGGGGUUUACUACAACCCAUUGAUCAUGUGUGAUGGGAGGCUUAUCAAAUAUGGCAUCAUUAGCACUAGUGUUUUGAUUGAAGAUCUCCUCACCUGGAAUAACUUAUACAUUGCUGGACGACUCCAAAAACCGGUGAAAAUCGUAGCAAUGAAUGAGAAUGUCACUCUCAGGUCAGCCCUGGAUAAAAAUCUGAAGAGUGCUGUGACUGCUGCUUUCCUCAUGCUCCCCGAAAGCUUUUCUGAGGAAGACCUGUUUAUAGAGAUUGCCAGACUCUCAUAUUCAGGUGACUUUCGGAUGGUGGUCGGAGAGGAUAAGGCAAAAGUGUUGAAUAUUGUGAAGCCCAACAUAGCCCACUUUCGUGAGCUCUAUGGCAGCAUUUUACAGGAGAAUCCCCAAGUGGUGUAUAAAAUCCAGCAAGGCAGCCUGGAGAUCGAUAAAAGCCCAGAAGGACAGUUCACUCAGCUAAUGACAUUGCCCAAAACCUUACAGCAGCAAAUAAAUCAUAUUAUGGACCCUCCUGGAAAAAACAGAGAUGUGGAAGAAACUUUAUUACAAGUGGCUCAUGACCCCGACUGUGGAGACGUGGUGCGUCUAGGGCUCUCAGCAAUCGUGAGACCUUCCAGUAUGAGACAGAGCACCAAAGGCAUUUUCACUGCUGGAAUGGAGACGCCAUUGGAUGUCUUGUCAAGGGCAGCAUCCCUGGUGCAUGCUGACGAUGAAAAACGUGAAGCUGCUCUCAGGGGGGAGCCCCGGCUGCAGACCCUGCCCGUGGCCUCGGCCCUCACUAGUCACCGCACGGGGCCCCCGCCCAUCAGUCCCAGCAAGAGGAAGUUCACCGUGGAGCCCGGCGACGACGAGCUGGACUGUGAAAGUGACCAUGCUUCCAAGAUGAGUCGCAUCUUCGCCCCCCACCUGAACAAGACGGCCAACGGGGACUGCCGGAAAGACCCCCGGGAACGGAGCCGCAGCCCCAUUGAGCGAGCCGUGGCCCCCGCUGCGAGCCUGCACGGCAGCCAGCUGUACGCGUCCCUCCCCAGCCUCGGCAUGGAGCAGCCCCUCGCGCUGACCAAGAACAGCCUGGACGCCGGCAGGCCGGCCGGCCUCUCGCCCACCCUGACCCCGGUGGAGCGGCAGCAGAACCGGCCCUCAGUGAUCACGUGUGCCUCCGCCAGCGCCCGGAACUGCAACCUCUCCCACUGCCCCAUCGCGCACAGCGGCUGCGCGGCCGGCCCGGCCAGCUACCGGAGGGCCCCGAGCUCCGCCACCACCUGCGACCCCGUGGUGGAGGAGCAUUUCCGCAGGAGCCUGGGCAAGAACUACAAGGAGCCCGAGCCGGCGCCCAACUCCGUGUCCAUCACGGGCUCCGUGGACGACCACUUCGCCAAAGCCCUGGGCGACACGUGGCUCCAGAUCAAGGCGGCCAAGGACGGCGCGUCGAGCAGCCCCGAGUCGGCCUCUCGCAGGGGCCAGCCCGCCAGCCCCUCUGCCCACAUGGUCAGCCACAGCCACUCCCCGUCUGUGGCCUCCUGAAGGGAGCACCGCCCUCUAACGCCACGUCCAUCUGCAUGGUUUGCCUGAGCUUCGAACAGUCAGUGCUUAAAAAAAUGGAAAAAUGAAAAAAAAAAAUCGUGGGGGUGGGGGGAGGGAGGGAUGGUUUAUUCGCAAAAACCACGUCGUCGGGAUUUUUGUUCUGUUUUGUACUUGCUUGGUAUCCGUAUCCGGGGCCCUCAGACGUGAUAGCAGCACCUGCGCGUGGAACCUCUGUCCGCUGUCGCCCCCCCAGUCCCUGCCUUGGUUACCAAAGAAGCCUCAAUGCAGGUCAGCUGCCCGACAGGGCCUGGACUCCACGGCUUGCGCUUUCUCAGUCACAGGCCAGGCCACCGGUGACCCAGACGCUUUGUGCUUUUUCAUUUGCUUCUCGAGACCGGGGCGUGUGCGGCUCAGCUUCCAGCCCACGUGUGUGUGUGCGCGCUUGUGUGUGUGCGUCUACUUGAAGAGAACAGAACUGUCGUGUCUGAUUUGCACUAUGGGAGGAGGACUCAAGUUGCCUGCCUGACAACUUUGUGCGAGAUGAUAGUACUCUGAGGGCAAACUGCUGAAAAACGGAGGGUUUAAGGAUGACAUUUCUGACCAUGGGUGUGUUUUUUUGUUUGUUGUUGUAUUAAUUAAUUUAGACAAAACUGCUUUGGAAGGGGAAGUCUCAUGCAGGUUUAUAGGUCUUUCUCUGUCUGUCUAGAUUUUCAGGUGCUUGCAACUGGACUGCAGAUUCUACCAAUCACGGGCAUUUUACCUUUUCUAAACACUGCAGUUUGUUAGACUAGAGCUGAAGUUGGAGGAUUCUGUAGUGCUUUAAACGUGAUGCAUGUUUUAAUGGAUAAAAAUAGCUGGUUUCUAUUAAUUGUAUAGACAGUAAACAAAAAGCUUAAUACUUACUAGCUUCUUUUCAGAAUUCGUUUAUUUUUGUCAGUUACAGUCCUAGAUAUACUUACUGCUGGUACAGUUGUACUCUAAGAUUUGUGUUUGAUAUUCACGUUACUCCCAAGUAGCGUGGGGCCAGUCGGUCCCUGGCAGGCCCUGGACACGGGCGGGCGAGUGGCUGGUCAGCUGCAGAGUCGGAUGCUGGACUUGUGGCUGCAGGCUGACAGCAUCAGUUAUUUUUUGCAUCCCUGUCUGCUUCUUAACUCGCUCCCAGGGGAGUUGGGACUCGUGUCUUCCAACUUCCCUCGAUGCAGAAACUGCUCCCUCUGAACUCUUGGCUGAACAGCAGAUUCCUGACUAUCUGUGAGAUGGUGUUUUGUAUGCUUCCUCGUACGCUGGGGCCAAGGCAGUAUACAUUCCUCUGACUUUAUACAGUUAUUACUGCAUUUAUUAUCGUUUGCUAUAGUAAUAGCUACUAACUAGAAAUUAGGUGAAGAAGAAAGCAUGACAGACCCAGCUGUGGAUGUUCGACAGCUGCUCUUCUUUCUGGUAAACGUUUCUAUGCCCCUGCCCCUCCCCUGUGCUACCACCCUCCAGCCUUGCCCACCACAGGGCUUGAGCAGUCACCUGGCCAGGUGACUCGGGCACGACCACCUCACCCGCGAGGCACCGUGGACUCACCGGAGCUCUCGAGGCUGGUUGUCAGUAUGAGAAAAGUACAGGUUCGCUGGUUGGCAUUGGGUGAACAGGCAGGAGGAUGGGCUCUUGUGGCCACAGGGUGGCUGUAGUUAUUUGAAAAGGCGGGAGGAAAGCCUCCCCUUUGGCCCCCGCACACGUUUCCCUCCCACUUAACUGGGCUUCCAGGCUUCUGCAUUCAGGCCCCUAUAUUUUCUGUAGGAAAAAUCGUUGAGAACACUUUUUUUAUAUAGGUAACUUUAAGACCAUCAUUACGCUGUGCGUAAAGAAUGUACAGAGAAAUUUGUAGGUAUUUUUUGAAGAACAAUUAAUUUGUUAAUGAUAUGUAGCUAUUUAAUUUUUCCCUUUCCUAUUGUAAUCAUUCAUAUUUUUUUUGUUGUUCGGAAAAAAAAGUUGAUCUUUUUUUUUGUCGUAGAUUUGUCUGUAAAAGUGCAGGAACACAGUUAUUCUAUGAGAACACUGCAUCUGCCUUAAUAGCCACUAGUUUGUUAUUGCUACAGGCUACUGAGCGUCGCCCCAGGAAAACAACCCCACUGCCGGCGGCUCUGUGCAGACCGGGCUCCUCACACGCCCGCGUCCACCAGCGAGGCCAUCGCUUUGGGAGGGACGGUGGCACUGAGGGCCGGGUCCCUGGUGCGCUGACCUAUCUGGGAUAGGCAGCACCUGGGAGGGGCCUCGGGCAGGAAACCAAACGGUCACCAGGAAGGGACACUCCCAGGCCUCAGGAGGCACAGAGAGGUUCUUCACAGAGCCACGCCAUCUGCAGUGCGUUCUGACCAUUCUCUCCAUGUUUGUAAAUCUGUAAUAUACCAUUCUCUGUGGCCUGUUUUUCCUGGAAGAAGAAGAAAAAAAAAGGUUUGGCAGGCCAUCUUUUUUUUGUACUUAAAAGUAGCCUUAAGAACAAUAAUAAAGUGCUCUUAAACCACA